UCUCCUGAUAAAUCACAGCAAAGCUUCCAGAGAGAGAGGAAGGAUGGAUGGCACCUCUGCCCCUAUCACUAAAUCUGGAGCUGCCAAGUUAAUUAAGAAAAAUUUCCUUGAGGCUUUAAAGUCAAACGACUUCGGAAAAUUGAAGGCCAUUUUAAUCCAGAGGCAAAUAGAUGUGGACACAGUUUUUGAAGUUGAAGAUGAGAAUAUGGUUUUGGCAUCUUAUAAACAAGGUUAUUGGUUGCCUAGUUAUAAAUUAAAGUCUUCUUGGGCAACAGGCCUGCACCUCUCUGUCUUGUUUGGUCAUGUGGAGUGUCUUCUGGUGCUACUAGACCACAAUGCUACAAUCAACUGUAGACCCAAUGGGAAAACGCCUCUUCACGUGGCUUGUGAAAUGGCCAACCUGGAUUGCGUAAAGAUCCUCUGUGACCACGGAGCAAAGCUCAAUUGCUACUCCUUAAGUGGACACACAGCUUUGCACUUCUGUACAACUCCAAGCUCCAUUCUCUGUGCCAAGCAAUUGGUUUGGAGAGGGGCGAACGUGAAUAUGAAGACCAACAAUCAAGAUGAGGAGACGCCCUUGCACACGGCUGCCCACUUCGGCCUCUCGGAGCUGGUGGCCUUCUACGUGGAGCACGGGGCCAUAGUGGACAGCGUGAACGCCCACAUGGAGACCCCGCUGGCCAUCGCGACCUACUGGGCCCUCCGUUUUAAAGAGCAGGAGUAUAGCAGGGAGCACCAUCUCAUCUGCCGCAUGCUGCUCGACUACAAAGCCGAGGUUAACGCCCGGGAUGACGACUUUAAAUCUCCCCUCCACAAGGCGGCCUGGAACUGCGACCACGUGCUCAUGCACAUGAUGCUGGAAGCCGGCGCCGAAGCCAAUCUCAUGGAUAUCAACGGCUGUGCUGCCAUCCAGUAUGUGCUGAAGGUCACCUCCGUGCGACCUGCCGCCCAGCCUGAGAUCUGCUACCAGCUACUGCUGAACCACGGGGCUGCCCGAAUAUACCCUCCACAGUUCCACAAGGUGAUUCAAGCCUGCCAUUCCUACCCUAAAGCAAUCGAAGUUGUAGUCAAUGCCUACGAACACAUCAGGUGGAACGUAAAGUGGAGAAGAGCUAUCCCAGAUGAUGACUUGGAGAAAUACUGGGAUUUUUACCACUCUCUCUUCACUGUGUGCUGCAACUCUCCAAGGACUCUCAUGCAUUUAUCGAGAUGUGCCAUUAGAAAAACGUUACACAACAGAUGCCACAGAGCAAUUCCUUUGCUUUCUCUCCCAUUGUCAUUGAAAAAGUACUUGCUUUUAGAGCCAGAGGGAAUCAUUUAUUAAGCCUUAUGAGACAGCAGUUCCCAAUCCUAGAUAUUUAAGUGGACUCGCUGGGUAGACACAGUUUGCAUAAAUAAAAUGGUACUUGGGUUGAUUAUAACACUUCAGGGAUUUCAAAACACUUUACAAACACUCUGUCAUUAAUCCUAGGAUAGCAUGGUGAGUGGAAAUAAACAAGGAAUAAAGUUAAGGAAUUUUCAAAGACAAGAGUGUACCCAGAAGGAACUGUGAUAUAACAGUGAUAACUAAUAUGUAUAGCGCUCUUUAGGUACCUGAUACAUUUUUAUAAAACUUUUCAAAUAUUAAUCAAUCUCAUCGGAAAUGGGACCCAGGUUUUCUCACAAUCAAUCUCCUUCUCUACCAUCCCAGUAGUAAGUUUACAUUACCGUUCAGUUCCCAAUAGAGCAGACUUUGUGAUUGGCCUCAAACUUGGUGUCUUCCCCCCAUUACCACUUAGCAGUAAUUACUGUCGUUGCUUGUUU